AAAGAAAGAAAGAAAGGAGAAGGAGAGGGAGAGAUUGAUCAUUUAAACGUCCUGGGCCCUGUAUUUCACGGAGACACAGUUCAAUUCCAACUGUUUAUUCUUUAUAGAUGCACAUAUAUAUACAUAUAUAUAUUUAUAUAUAUGAAGCAUCCCCUUUUCACUGGUCUUUAUCCUACACGGACUGAAAAGACGUGAAGGCUUUUUUUUCCCCUUCUUUUUUUAUUUGGGUUAUUUCCACCCACAAGACGUGCUGCCACCACCACAAUCACCACCAGCAGUAGCAGCAGCAGCAGCAGCAGCAGCAGCAGCAGCAGCAGAUCUCCACAUAUCCAUCCCGGGCACGUCGGAGCAGCCGCAGGAGGGGAAAACACGAGGCAGAUAUUGCGGUGGACGAAAAGAGGAAUAUGCUCCACCGGGUUUCCCUGCUCUCAGCCCGGAUCGGCGGCAGCUUGGGCUUGUUAUGGGGGUGACUGUAAGGAGAAAGUGACAGAGGAACAGUGAUGCUACUGUUUACAUAACGAGGGACUCACAAACAUGCACACAUGCAUACAUAUACCCGCAGACAUGCACACAGGCUCGGAUUGCCAGUCCAGGACAUACACACUCACCUAAACACUUCCAUGCAUACAUUGGCUCACAGUGGUGUAGUCAAGGGACUCACUGAUUGAGUCACUGCACACUCAGAGGCACAUAAUCACUGACUCACCCACAGACACACACACACACACACACACACACACACACACUCACACAGGGAGAAAAGGUUGUUAAUAAGAGACAUAACUGUUGUGCAUGUUAUGGGCCAAGCUGAGUAGCAGCUGUGUGUGAGUGUUGGAUACUUCUGAGGGGUCAGCUCAGCCGUAACCCCCGGCCCGCCUCCAGUCCCUCCCCUCCUCCUACCUCUCAUCUUCCAGCUAAACGCACCAUGUGUGAGCUGAGAGCCUUCAGAGCUAGCCCUCCUCCCAGCCUCCUCCCCCCUCCUGGACUUCUAUCCCACUUCCUCUCCCUUUGCCUCUUCCUUUCCAUUCUACCGGCAGCCUCAUGGGGCCAGGCAACUGUGCCUGUCAUUUCCACGGCGCAGGGCCGCAUCCGUGGUAUCCUGACCCCUCUGCCCUCGGACCUUCUGGGGCCUGUCAUCCAGUACCUGGGAGUACCGUACGCCAGACCUCCAACGGGGGACCGGCGCUUCCAGCCUCCUGAGCCUCCACUGCCAUGGCCAGGAAUACGAAAUGUGACACAGUUUGCCCCUGUGUGCCCGCAGUCGUUGGAUGAGAGGAGCAUGCUGGGAGAUAUGAUGCCAUCCUGGCUCACUGCAAACCUGGAUAUAGCUGCGACCUACCUUACACACCAGAGCGAAGAUUGUCUCUACCUCAACAUCUAUGUGCCCACUGAGGAAGACAUCCAUGAAGAAGGGGGCCAGCGGCCAGUGAUGGUUUACGUCCAUGGUGGCUCGUAUACUGAGGGCACUGGUAACAUGAUGGACGGCAGCGUGUUAGCCAGCUAUGGAAACGUCAUUGUCAUAACCCUCAACUACCGCCUUGGAGUGUUAGGAUUUCUCAGCACAGGUGACCAGGCGGCAAAAGGGAACUAUGGCUUGCUUGAUCAGAUCCAGGCCCUGCGCUGGGUUAAGGAGAACAUUGCAGCCUUUGGUGGAGAUCCAACCAGGGUCACUGUGUUUGGAUCUGGUGCUGGGGCAUCCUGUGUGAGCCUUCUUACUUUGUCCCAUUACUCUGAGGACCUGUUCCACCGAGCCAUCAUCCAGAGUGGUAGCGCUUUAGCCAGUUGGGCUGUCAACUAUCAGCCGAGCAAGUAUGCGCGGCAGCUUGGUGAAAGGGUGGGCUGUGGCAUCGAUGACAGCACUCAACUGGUUGCCUGCCUCCAGGGCCGGAGUUACCGUGAACUUGUGGAGCAGAACGUAACACCAGCAAAAUAUCACACAGCUUUUGCCCCGGUGAUUGAUGGUGAUGUGAUACCCGAUGACCCUCAGAUUCUGAUGGAGCAGGGAGAGUUUCUGAACUAUGAUGUGAUGCUGGGGGUUAAUCAAGGUGAGGGUGUGAAGUUUGUGGAAGGCAUUGUGGACUCAGAGGAUGGUGUCACUGCUGAGGACUUUGACUUCGCUGUGUCGGACUUUGUGGAUAGUUUGUAUGGAUACCCAGAAGGCCGAGAUACCCUGAGAGAGAGCAUACGGUUCAUGUACACCGACUGGGCGGACAGAGACAACGCUGAAACUCGCCGGAAAACACUAGUAGCACUUUUUACAGACCACCAGUGGGUAGCACCAGCAAUCGCCACAGCGGACCUCCACGCUCAAUAUGGGUCUCCCACAUACUUUUACUCUUUUUACCAUCACUGCCAGAGUGAUGCCACGCCGCCCUGGGCUGAUUCUGCCCACGGCGAUGAGGUCCCAUACGUGUUUGGUGUGCCCAUGGUGGGUCCCACUGAUCUGUUCAACUGUAACUUCUCCAAGAACGACGUGAUGCUGAGCGCAGUGGUUAUGACUUACUGGACCAACUUUGCCAAGACUGGCGAUCCAAACGAACCAGUUCCUCAAGAUACUAAGUUCAUCCACACGAAGCCGAAUCGCUUUGAAGAAGUUGCCUGGUCUAAAUACACCCCUAAAGAGCAGCUGUACCUCCACAUUGGCCUCAAGCCCCGUGUCAGAGACCACUACCGCGCCACCAAGAUCUCCUUCUGGCUCCAGCUGGUCCCUCACCUGCAUCACGUCAAUGAGCUUCUUCAGUCGGUGUCCUCCUUCACACACAGUCCCUCUCCGCAGGAUGACACCCCUUUUUCUUACACCAAACGUCUGUCCAAGGGUUGGCCUCCGAGCAGCACGCGUCACCCGGGUUCACAGGGAGGCACUCCGCCGCCACCGGAGUCUGCUUUGGGCCAGGAUGGAGGGGAAAACGGCGUUCGUGCCCCUACUGAGGACUACUCCACUGAACUCUCAGUGACAAUUGCAGUGGGAGCGUCUCUGUUGUUUCUCAAUAUUCUUGCAUUCGCGGCUCUGCUGUAUAAGAAAGACAAAAGGCGUCUGGAGCACCGUAGGCCACGUCCCCUUCCUCCUCCCAGAAGAGACAUCACACCCGCAGAUGUUGCAGCCCACCUGCAGGGGGAGGGACUGAUGUCAUUACAGGUGAAGCAGCUGGAGUGCGACGUUGCCUCAGCAGAUGAGAGGAACAACACUCACCACCAUCACACCCUGGAUACGCUGGACGCUCUGGACGGCUUGGACACCCAGGACAUCUACAGCACGCUGGAUACUGUGCGCCUCACCUGCCCCCCUGAUUAUACCCUCACCUUGCGCCGCUCCCCUGACGAUGUUCCCCUCAUGACGUCUCUGACCCCUGGCUCGCUGCCUGUGACCCCGGGGUCACACCCUGUUACUCCUGCGACGCCAAUGACCCCAAUGACACCAGGAUCAGUGGUGGGGAUGAGGAUGGGACAUCCUCACCAGGGAUACACACACCAUAGCCCAUACAGUAAUACACACUUGCCACACACACACAUCUCCACACACACACACUCUACCACACGUGUAUAACCACAGUUAGAUACUCAUGCAUACAAGGACAUAGCUGCAGAUUACAUACAUACAUACACACACACAUAUUCACACUCACACACACAAAACCAGACUGAAAUACCUCUACCAGUUACAGACCAGGAUUGUUAAAGAUGGAACAAUAAACAUUUUUCAGUAACAGGAGGAAAAGGCAGACAGCUGUGUGUUGCAUGUCGGGGAACUUCAGACAAACUGGAUCCCUGGAGAUGCAAUUCUGUGCAUCAUUCGCUUACGACCUGAUGAGUCAAGACAUCCAUCAAAAUGUCUCGAAACCCGCGUUGGAUUUUAAAUCUGCUUUUUUUUUUAAACACCUGAGGAGGAAGAUGAGGAGCGCUGUGGCAAAGGGGUCAAAUAUGGAUUACUUUGCUGCACAUGAGCGACACAGUGCAGCUGUGCAUGGCAGAGGAAGGCAGAUCCAGAUAUAGAACUGAGUCAAGAAAUACCACACACAGACUGCUGAUGUCAACUUGAACAACCUGUGAAAUGUGAAUGUAGCAUUUUUUUUUUUUUUCAUCAAAUGUGAUCAAAGGCCGAAUCUGCCAAGGAUCAAACUAAGCUGACGAGAAAAUAACUAAUUUCAGCGAGCGAUGGAUGUAAAAACAGAAAGAGAGGAAGAGGGGGAUUAAAAAGACAACAUUAACUGAAGGAAAACAGUCAGAUGGCAGGAUGGAGAUUAAGAUUUUAUUGAGUGGGAUUUAACAGCUGCGAGAGUGAGGAAAACAAAUGGAGAUAGAGUGAUAUGAAAAAAAAAAUCCCCAUCAAAAUUGAAAGUGUGCCAAGAGAGAAGUUAGGUUCAGAGGAAGAAAGGGCCUCUGAAGUGUUGCCAGAUUUACUGAAGAAUCACUCUAACCAGCUACACGUUAAACUCUUGUAAAUAGAAUGGAAAGAUACAGAUGAUAUAUUAUGAUUUAUAGCAUUUACCUGCUCUUGCAUUAAAACAUGACUUAUUUAACCACAUUAUUGCUUUCAUUUCAGAUAUUAAUAUAUUAUUGUAUAGAUGUCCUGAGGCAAGGCUGGUUGUCUUUCUAUCACACCCACUGUAGUAUGUACACAGUACCUUCAUUCAAAAGCUAUAUUUGCUAUGCACAGUCAUUUCAAUGAUUCUUAGCUAUGUGAGCAUUUAGGUACUUGUGUAGAGGCUAAGCUAUAGGACAUUUUUCACACCAUUCUGUCAAUUUUUUGACCAUCAGAUGAUGAGCUAGUACUGUGUAGAUAAUGCAAUAUUGGUUUGAUGAUUGAGCACCAGCCCAAAAACUGCAAACCCUUCAAACCUAAACCCUUGUACCUAAAUUUCUUCCUGAACACCUUACCUUUAACAAAAAAAAAACAAACAAAAAACAAAAAAAAACAACAAAAAACCCUACAUUGAUUAAUGUUUCUGCAGUUAGUCAGAUGGACAGAUUGAGACAGACACACAGGCAGUGAUGAUUCAGGGGGUCCUAAAUUACAGCAUGUCUUAAAAAAAGAGAAGAAAAAAAUUGUCUUACUGUAUCUUUAUCAUUUGCAAGGGGUUUCAGUGUUUCAAGGAGAGUACCUGAUUGAACUGCCUAAUGCUGACUGAAGCCCUGUCCUUUUCAAAGGCAUCCGUUAAAAGAUUUUGGCUCAGCAGACUUGAAUCUGUAAUGCCACUUCCCCUUCUUUAAAUAAGAGGUUUUUUGACUUAAAAUCUCUCCAGUGUCAGCCAAACUCUGUAUAAAUACGUGGUGAUGUCACCCACAUGGUUUGGAGCCAUUUUUGAUUCAUGAUGUGGACUCUAGGUGAGGAUUCUGGUUUUGUGUGAUAAUGUGAGAGAUUUAAUGCUGACGGCAAACAUGGCUCCAAACAUCCUGCUUUUUAAGCCUUAAUAUCUUCUAAAAGGAGCAAUAUUUUUACACAUUUCUAGCACGACACAGAUGUAAAAAAAGUGAAACUGACAUAGAAGUCAAAUUACCAUCUUGUGGAUAUAAUGACUGGCUUUACUGAGGUUUUCCUGCGAGCACUUGAGGGCCACGGUUGUUACUACUUUGUGUCAUCAAAAUUAUAAAGGGAAUUGCAAAUUCAGAACUGCUCACAUUUAUGAGUCAGGUAUUUAUAAUGUUUUACUGCCACAGAGGCCGCAAAAAAGACAAAGUUUGCAUUUAGAUGAACAAAAACUAAAUAACAGCAGUUCCAGGAGCUCAACCAAAGGUCCUUACACUGGUAUUGCAGCAUUCCUGUUUCAUCCCCCUUUUCUUGCCCUUUUCCUUUCCUUAACCUGCUUCCCCCAACCCUUUUUCUUUCCCCUCUCAGCCUCAUCAAUGUGACUACAUGCAGCUUCGUCACAGUGAGGCAUAUUUAACCUCCUCUCAUCCUAAAUAACUCCUUCAUGAGAGAAUUUUAUUUAAUUGUUAACAGAAUAUGUCAAAAUGAAAGCUGAAAAAUUUGUGGAUGACAAGCAAAGAAAGUUUACAAAAUGACACAAAAAUAACAUUUAAGAGAUGUUUGAUUUUUUUUUCUUAUGGGUUAUUAUCUCAGCAGAUGGCUGGAUUGUGACAAGAACAAAACAUUUCUGCUGCGUUUUUGAAAAAUAAAAAAUAUCAAUAUUUUACAAUU